CGACAAAAAUAACGAAGCAAGAGAAAGCAUCCAAUAGAAUAUUUAUCCCCCAAGAAGGAAGGCUUUCAUGGGCCUAAAGCUAUGUCAUCUUUCUUUCUGACUAAGAUGUGUUUCAGAUGGAUCUACACUUUGAAGAGUAAAAGGCUAUGUUCACUGAUUUUUUUUUUCUUUUUUUAAAGACGAUCGUUUUUAUGCGAAGAGAUAGAGGAAGGGCUCUCACGAUACACCAUAUCCGGCAAAAUAUCCCCAUUCUCCCAACGAAGUGCACAACAUAGCUGUCAUUAUAAAUCUGUACAAUAAGGGAAGCAAUAAUGGGGAGGAGGAGGAAUGAAAGUGUUUUUAACGCUACCAGACAGGUUAAUUUUUAAAACUCAAGACAGGAAAGUGACUUAAGCUAAUCUCCAUCAUAGUUAAUAGCAAAAUGAAGAAACGAGAUACUGUGGGUGUGUGCGUGUGUUUGUGUGUAUUAGAGGAAGGGAGGGGGAUAACUAUGAAGACUGGAGAUGCCACAGAAAACCCCAGAAUCUCUGCCCACCGCUGAGCAGAUGUCACACAUCCCUACAUGUUAGAAAUGUUCGUGGCCAUAGCCAAUGGACAGGGUUGAAGGCUCAAAAAGUCAGGACCCUGUGUUUUAGUGAGAUGGGAGUUUACCUUGACACUACCGAGAUACCCUGUUCGCCUGACACACACACAAGCAUAGCUUCUGCUAUCAUUGUGGGUCAAGACCUUCCACAGUACCAUCAGCCAUCAGCGUACCGACAGCAGCGAUUCGAAUCAAUGAUAGAAGUUAUUAAAAGGCCACACCGCCAUCUUUGUCAAACGUGUCUUUAAUACACACAUCCACACAUGAUCAUUGUAUAUAUAAUAAUAUAUGUUCUUACCCGGUAAUUUGCACAAAGUCUACACCAUCUAGCUGCUGAAGGAGGGGCAGGGGUUAAGUUGUGUUGUGCGCGCGUCUUUGAAAGUGAAAACGAUCACAAUAUUACACAGAAAUGCACCUUAUCUGAUCGUUAUAAACAAAAGAUCAUAACCCACCAAUAUUAUUACUAUUAUUUCCAACAGGCAAAAAAUAAGAGAGACCUAGAAAAGCACAGAGAGCAGUGGUAGUUAGGCACGAAAAAGGUGCGGUAUUGAUGGUGGCUUUCACGAACUACAAAUAUCUCUAAUGGGCAGACGUGGGGAUGCGUCAACAUCAGUUAGCAGGUCGUGGCCGCCAUUAGCAGACCCCAGGUACGCAUUGAUUUUUCCAUUCUGACGUCACGGAUCAUGCGCUUUCCUCACGUGACGGCAAGAUGCACGCGGAGGCUCGAGCCAUAGCUACCUGUGGGUCACAAACAUCGCAUUUAAAGGUGAUGGUUCUCUGCUACAAUGUAUGCCGACUGCAUAGGGGGUGACAUCGUCUGAAUUAUUGUAUCUGAUUUCUAAGUUUAAGUGAUUUCCAAGUCCGACUAAUCUUGUAAUUAUUCCACCUGAUCCGAGACAGUUGAAUCAUCUCCUGAAUAACUGAAUCACCUCCGAGAUAACAAAUUGGUUCAUUAUCCUAAGACCAGCAGCAAAAUGAGCUGACAUAUAUCUCUACUACACAUUCCAUGGACUGCACCAUGAACCAUCGCCAGCGAAAUCAAAACCCUCGACAAUGGAGACGUCUACCGCACGUGCAACGACCACACAGGUCGCGGCCUAUGACCUUUUGGCUCUCUCAGCAAGGAGCUGCCAAAUGGCUUCGAAAGCAUCAAUCUGUAAUUGAGACGGCUGUUGGGCUUCUAGAAAUGUACCCUGGCCUAGUCCAAAUAACUGCUCUCGAUGCACUCUGGAACUUCAUGGCGCCAUUUGUAAACAUCUAUACUGAAAAGAAGGAAAGUUCUCGACAGGAGCAGCCAGUCAAAGGAAGAGAAAACAAACAGCGUAAGACUGGAGGCGCCAGCCUUCCCAAGCUCUUAUCUGUUGGGCCAGUUCCUGCCAUCUCCAUCACGCACGACGCAAACGAAGACGAGAACGACCUGGAGGAGGAACUGCUUGGUCGUCAUCUACAAGGCGGUCUAGACGAUGACGACGAUGAUGAGGAAGAAACUGAGACGCGAACGCCACACAUUUAUGUCUGCAUCCACGCGGACACAGUUGGACACGACAGACAGCUCUAUGUUCGCGUCAUCGACGCCCUUAUCUGUGACUUCUUCGUGAUGAGCGGCCCCCGGGUGGAGUCUGGAGAGCUGUUCAGUCACGACUCUGUCCGCGAGAAGAACCUCAGUCAGGCCAACGCGUGCGUCUUCGUCUUGGACGGCGCUAGCCUCAACGACCCGGAGUGCUUCCGUGACCUCUCCGCGGCGUGGGCGAUGAACCUGCCCAUGGUCUUCGUCAAGAACUCCAGCUUUUCCCUCCCGUCUCCGCUGCCGGACUUCGUGCUGCAGCAUAGCUUGGGGAUGGAGUCGCCCGCUGUAUCCCGAGCCUUCACGCCUGCUUUCCCAAUGCGCCACAGCAGCGUUACGCCCACGUCUGACGUCACGCCUGAUGCGCGGCCUGGCCAGCUGAGGAGGCGGCGCUCUUUCUCGUCCAUGCGCUCGGCUUCCCCCAGAUGUCACGUGACUGGCAACAGCAGGCGCUCAGAGAAGCGAGGCCAGCAGGAUUUUCGUGAAGCAGACGUAGUCCUGACGCUGCUCGACGGCUAUCGUCACGCGCUGGUCUUCGAGGACACGGCAGGUGACGAUUGCGCUUUGGCUCUCCGGCGGCGCCUCCAGUCGCUGCUGGACGCCAGAACACGAAGCGUCAUCGCAACGCCUGCUAUGUCAUCAAACUCUAACUUGCAUCAGGUAGAUGCUAAUGAGUUCAGACACAAAGAAAGUUCGAAAUUUCUCAGAGUACCCGAGUUUUUUUCUGGUGAUCUUUCACCUAUGACCGAAUUUCCUAAAAAUAGUGUCGCGUUACACAAAAGCGCCAACGACAGCCGCAGCAGCAGCAGCUGUUUGGCCUUAGCAUCCAAAUCAGUCACGAGUCUUCCCCGCGAAUCCAACACACCUUUGCGUGGUCCUGAACUCUCCACUGGCUGCGGCCUUGUCGAUCAGAGAUCUCGAGGUCAAGCCUAUUGCACCAGCCAUUCCAUCAGCCGACAGCCCCAUUCAAAUUCUCAUCCUAUUUCCCUCCAAGGCACACCGACCCUGUUCAUCUGUCCAGACGCUCUUUCACCAACUUGCAGCAGAUUCAGAAACGCUUACAAGAAGAUCGGGUCAAGUUCCUGACCUCCAUGGCAGGCGACAGUCUCGACCCGCCACCUCGCGAGACCAUCUACCUGGUGUGCGAAAAAGCCAAGUACUCUGCUAGCUGCGAACCUCGUCUAGUGAAGUGGCCCCCGGUGAACGGCCAGCAGGAUGUCGACCGGGAGCUUCAGGAUGUAGACACCCUCUCAGAUUUGUUCUUGGACUCGCCGACAAGUUUUCCAGACCUCGAUCUCUCUCUUCCAUUGAACACACGAAACGGGACACCAGACAGCGAAAGCUCAACAGUUGUGUGACCAGUCAAAAUACGCGAUUGUUGAUUUAUUUCAAGGAAGACAUUUCUGUGGCAACGUCUAUGAGCACCAUACAAAGUCUCUAAAGAUACUAUGUGUCACAUGUUCACAAACGAUACAGAUGUGUAUCGUAAACUGAUAAUGAUGAAUGUCCUGAACACCGUUCAACAGGAUUAGUAUUGCUGAGUGGACUGGACUGUAACUUGGUAACAUCAUUUAGAGUAAAUGGCUUUGGCUCAGACAUGUGAAAUAAGAAUAAGAAUGUGAAAGACCACUUGGGUAGCACAGUAACAAGACUUGGAGAGACUUGUCAACAAUUUUUUAAAAAAUCAUUUUAACAGGUAGAUAUGUAGAUUUAAAAUAAGGGGAAAACAAAAAUUCCGAGACUUAGGAGGGUAUUCAGUCUCUUUGAUUGUGAGAUGGUUACUGUUCAUCGUCGUAUCCUAGAGAAAUGGCUAUUUAUAGUCUAGAAAAACCCUGACCAUGAGUGGUCUUGGCAGACAGCAGUCCACCUACACACAAUGCUUUCUGGAUUGCAUGACAAAACGCUCUGUAACGGGUACUGAGAAGGACAAGCAAAUUCACUGUAAAAGUGAAUUUUUCCAUAUGAAAAGAGAUGAGGGAAAACAGACACAACAUAACUAUCCAGCAGUUACUAGAGAAUUAGAGCAACCUUAAGCAGAAUCCCAAUGGCCUAUCAAAGUAGCAGAUAAAGAUCCAAGAACCAGAGGCCAUAACCUGAUACUAAAAGAAAAUAAAUAAAUAAAAGUCCAUAAAAAUAUUCAUCAGAAUUUCUUCCCUCAGUGACAAGGCUUGCACAGGGAACACCAGCCCUCAAUAUAUUCCAGAAUAGUCUGGAUAAGCAAUAGCAUAAAUUUAAAUCACAGAGCAGAGAGAGGGCUUAUUUGAUAUGCUUUUCAACGUGUCAAUAUUUUUAGUGCUCUCCAUUUUCAACAUGCAAUUAAAGAUAUUUAACUUCAGUUGUUUGUUUAAAAACUACUUAAAUCAUGUGUUGAAGCUCUCUUGCAGACCAGCUCUAAAUUCGAAAGGUCGAGCACAAUGCCUUAUUUCAUGUAAAGUCAUAUAUCUAAGAAAAAAAGAAUGACUUGUAAUUGCAUUCACAUCAGCAUCAAUAUUCUGUGAAAGGUUCUAUACUUCCCAUGUUCUUAGUCUGACAGUUUUUUUUCAAGCUUCAGAACCUCUCAUAUAAAAUCUACUAUUUGUAUAUGUUCAAAAAAAAAAAAAAAAAAAACAACGUAAUUUUCACCCUCUCUAGCAUGCAUUCAUCAAUCAACAAAAUAUCCUAAGCCUCUUAAAUUGAUAUACUACUUUACUGAGAUGACAAAGAAACAGUGAACCUCUUUUCUCGAAAUGGUGACAUUGUGGAAUAAAACAUCAAGGGAGGGCUGGGUGGGGGACUUAACAUGCAAAACAUAACUUGUACCUACUACAUUCAGUGUCAACUGAAAACAUUCCACCUAUCAGCAAAAGUAAACGUCGCAAGGAAAAGACUGAUUGAGCUACUGGGCACCAAACAAGAAGGCAUUGCUGAAAGGUUUAUUACACUUAUUUAUAUAUCCCUAUACAACAGGUUUGAACACUGUGGAUCACUUUUUUAAAAUCUAUAUUAGAGUAUGUUUCUGUAUGUGACUGAUAAUCUCCAAAAUAAACCAAAGAUAACAU